AUGUCCAAGUCAGGGGAAGAUAAGGAUCUUCACGACCUCCCUCGGGGAAGGGAACUGGUCUGGAGGCCUGAGAGGGAGUCAAGAGCUGACAGAGGGCAAGACCCAAGCCUAUGUGUUUUGAUAUCUGAACUCUUGUCACUUCCUCUGGCCCAUUUUCAACUGUGCUCUUCCUCUAAGGGCACAAGGCCUCCUUUCACUUCCUCAAAGUGCAGCCCUAGAUAUGGACGAUCCUUCUGUGGUCCCUUCUGCACCAAAUCAGCGCUCCUUCUCUGGUCCACAGCCCACGUGUCUCUGCUGGAAGGUCUUCCCGCCGGCCCUGGAGAGGUCGAGUACCACCGCAGCUAUGGCACACACUCGUGGCGCCAUAUCCUCACUUUCUAUGCCCUGGGCAAAGCAGUAAGAAAUGUGCCAGGAGAAGCAACUCGGAAACCAGGAAGGACCUGCCGGCAACCAGAGGAAACUAUGGAUGGCUACAAGAGGAGCAGGGGUGGGCAAAGGGGACAAGGGCCCAAGAGAGCAGGCUGCAGAGAUAGAAGGCCAAGGGCAGGCAAGCUGCGACCCAGCAGGCUCCACAGCCAGGGAGCUGGAAAGCCUUUCAAGAGCAAUUGCAGAAGUGCAGCAGUCAAGAGCACAACAAAGGGAUCCACUUGGGUGGCUGGAACCCCUCAGCAGAGAGCAGUAGGGAGUAUUCGUUAUCUUCAGGGAUCUGCCAAUCUUCCUACCAGGCUCCCAGCUCCACCCAUCAGUGCCUGGCAACCAGCCGGAGCUGGGAGGCGACACCGAGUCUCCAGUCCCCAGAGGUGCCCCGGGGAAAAGGAGGAGGCGGUCGCAGCGGUCCGGGGAAAAGUCCCUGCCGUGCCUCUGCUCAGCCAGCAUGUCCCGGACUCCGCCGCUCCUGAGCCCGCGCGGCGGGGACCCCGGGCGGCGGCGGUGGGUGCAGGCCUGACGCGCUGCGAGACUGGGGGCUCCCGGGGGUUGGGGAGCGCGAGCAGCCGCUGGCAGUCCGAGUGGGGCGCGCUGAGCCCCGCUGCCACCCGGGGCCGGGGCCACGAGGACGGACGAGCGAGACCCAAAGCCAUGAGGUACCGGUCGCCGCCGGGCGGGACGGGAUCGCCCCUGGAGUAUGAGGAUCGGCUACGUGAAGAGCUGCAAGAACCCGCUGCGGCAGGACCCUCCGCGCGGCUGCUGCUUCCACCUCUGCGCUUUUGCAACGUGGAGCCACCGCCGCCGCCGCCGGCCCCCCCCCGGCAGCCGCGGCGCGGCUCCCCCUUCUCCCCGGCGCGCCUCUCGCUGGGCGCCCUGGCCGCCUUUGCCCUCGCCCUGCUGCUCGGCGUGGGGCCCGGGAGCUGGGUUGCCCGGGCGCCCGGCUGCGGACACUGCUGAGCGUGUGCCCUCACGGCCUCGCCCCUCUUCAGCAUCGCCUGUGCCUUCUUCUUCCUCACCUGCUUCCUGACGCGGACCAAGCGGGUCCCCGGCCCUGGCCGGAGUGACGGCUCCUGGUGGCUGCUGGCGCUGCCCGCCUGCUGCUACCUGGGGGAGCUGCGGCAGUGGUGGUCUUGGCCGGGAGGAGGCGGCGGCUGCGGGCAGGUGGUGUUGGUGCUGAGCGGCGUGGGGCUGCUGACGCUCGCGCACCCGCUGUGGCUCGGGCACGGCAUCCUGGUGCUGCUCUUCGCCAGCAGCAGGUGGGUCUCCUUCGCCAGCCUAGGGGCGCUGCCCUCCGCCCUCAGGCCGCUGCUCUCCUGCCUGGUCGGGGCCGCCAGAUGUCUGCUGUCCCUGAGGUUGGAUCACUUCUUUCACAUCAGGGAAGCUUCUCACCGUCCCCGUCCCCGGUUGUCCAGCACUGCAGCCGGUCACUGUGGCAGCGGCAAAAUGUUCAGGAGACCUUCGUUGCCUUGUAUUUCGAGAGAACAGGGGAAACAUGAGUGUACUCAAGAAACUCGAGAUUUGAAUUUGCAGUGUUUUUCAUUGAUCAAGAAGUUCAUCAAUCUUUCAACCAUGGAAUCUUCAGAAUAUCAAAGAGUUGCAUGUUUUCAAGCUUUAGAUGAAUGGACACUUGAAUCCUAGCAACUGAGAGCAAAUAGACAUACAUCAGUAUUUGUGUAUAAGUACUGACACUUAUGUCAGCAGUUUGUCCUGUUUGCCCGGGAACUCUUGUUUAGUAGUGUGUUUACAACGAGGUCUUUCAGUGGAGCAGGGCUACAUGACUGAAGAGCUACUCUGUAUUGUCUGAGUACAUUCUAUAUACAAACCUUAGCAUAUUUAUUGCUGCUUGUUAUUGACAUUUACUCUUCUUUAUUGUGUUUAUUUUCUUUUUCAAAAAUGUUUUGUUUCUCUUUGUUAACUAGCAGUAGCUAUUGACUGUUUUUAAUUAUGUUUUUGUGUAGGGAACUGAGUUUGAUUCCAUGUAAGUUAUUGAAUUAGAUCUGUGAGGCUGAUGGGUCAUAUGAUUUGUUUUGAAAAGGGAAGUUCAAGCUUUUGGAGGUAGAAUAAUCUGACCUUGUCUUGAUUAAGACCUGUAAUUUCAUUGUGCCUUUCAAAGUAUUCCGAGUUAAAAAAAAAAAAAAAGAAUUGGCACAAGCUACUACCACGUUCUUGGGUAAUUUCUACAACAAGUCAA